CUAGAGCGGCGGUUCCGGGCUGUUCACGACGGUGCCGGCGCUUUCUGGCCAGCCGCGCAGGUGCUGAUGUGUCGAGGAGGCGGAGCCUAAGGCGACGAAUCCUCCGGGUUCCAGAUACCCAGAGUCAGCUGCAGUAGCCCACCAACCCUUGCGAAGUCAUGCCUGUGCAAGGCGGCUCUGCUGGUGUCGCUGCCGGCCCAGAUAAAGUACGGAAAGACAACUCUGGACAGACCUCAGGACCCAGGCAGGGCAGCCGAAUGGGGAAACUUUUGGGGUUUGAAUGGGCAGAUUUAUCCAGCUGGCAGAAUCUGGUGACUCUGCUUAAUCGUCCAACGGAUCCUGCAAAUCUGGCUGUCUUUCGUUUUCUCUUUGCAUUCUUGAUGCUACUGGACAUUCCCCAGGAACGGGGCCUUAGCUCCUUGGACCGAAAAUACUUGGAUGGGCUAGAUGUGUGCCGUUUCCCCUUGCUGGAUGGCUUGCGCCCAUUGCCGCUUGACUGGAUGUAUCUUGUCUACACCAUCAUGUUUCUGGGGGCACUGGGUAUGAUGCUGGGCCUGUGCUACCGGAUAAGCUGUGUGUUAUUCCUGCUACCAUACUGGUAUGUGUUUCUCCUGGACAAGACAUCGUGGAACAACCACUCCUAUCUGUAUGGUUUACUGGCCUUUCAGCUGACAUUCAUGGAUGCAAACCACUAUUGGUCUGUGGAUGGCCUGCUGAAUGCCCAAAAGAGGAAUGCCCAUGUGCCCCUUUGGAACUAUACAGUACUGCGUGGCCAGAUCUUCAUUGUGUAUUUCAUUGCGGGUGUGAAAAAGCUGGAUGCAGACUGGGUCGAAGGCUACUCCAUGGAACACUUGUCCCGGCAUUGGCUCUUCAGUCCCUUCAAACUAGUGUUGUCCGAAGAACUGACUAGCCUACUUGUGGUGCAUUGGUGUGGACUGCUUCUUGACCUCUCAGCUGGUUUCCUGCUCUUCUUUGAUGCCUCGAGAUCCAUUGGCCUCCUCUUCGUGUCCUACUUCCACUGCAUGAAUUCACAGCUCUUCAGCAUUGGUAUGUUUCCCUAUGUCAUGCUGGCCAGCAGCCCUCUCUUCUGUUCCCAUGAAUGGCCUCGGAAACUAGUAUCCCGUUGCCCCAAAAGUCUGCAAGAGCUGCUGCCCCUCAAAGCUUCCCCCCGGCCCAGUGCUUCCUGUGUGUAUAAGAGGAGCCAGGCCAAAGGUGGCCAGAAGCCAGGCCUUCGUCACCAACUUGGAACUGUCUUCACCCUGUUCUACCUCCUGGAGCAGCUCUUCCUGCCCUAUUCCCAUUUCCUCACCCAGGGUUACAACAACUGGACAAAUGGACUGUAUGGCUAUUCGUGGGACAUGAUGGUGCACUCUCGCUCCCACCAGCAUGUCAAGAUCACCUACCGUGAUGGCCUUACUGGCGAGCUGGGCUACCUUAACCCUGGGGUAUUCACACAGAGUCGGCGCUGGAAGGAUCAUGCAGACAUGCUGAAGCAAUAUGCCACUUGCCUGAGCCUCCUGCUUCCCAAGUACAAUGUCACUGAGCCCCAGAUCUUCUUUGAUAUCUGGGUCUCCAUCAAUGACCGCUUCCAGCAGAGGCUUUUUGACCCUCGUGUGGACAUUGUGCAGGCUGUCUGGUCUCCCUUCCAGCGCACACCUUGGGUGCAGCCACUCUUGAUGGAUCUAUCUCCCUGGAGGACCAAGUUACAGGAAAUUAAGAGCAGUCUGGACAACCACACUGAGGUGGUCUUCAUUGCAGAUUUCCCUGGGCUUCAUCUAGAGAAUUUUGUGAGUGAAGACCUGGGCAAUACUAGCAUCCAACUGCUUCGGGGAGCAGUAACUGUGGAAUUGGUGGCAGAACAAAAGAACCAGACUCUUCAAGAGGGAGAAAAAAUGCAGUUGCCUGCGGGUGAGUACCAUAAAGUGUAUACCAUAUCAUCCACUCCUUCCUGCUAUAUGUACGUCUAUGUCAACACUACAGAGGUCGCACUGGAGCAAGACCUGGCAUAUCUGCAGGAAUUGAAGGAGAAGGUGGAGAAUGGAAGUGAAACAGGGCCUCUACCUCUAGAACUGCAGCCUCUUUUGGAAGGGGAAGUAAAAGGGGGCCCUGAGCCAAUACCUCUGGUUCAGACAUUUCUAAGACGGCAGCGAAAGCUUCAAGAGAUUGAACGCCGGCGAAAUAGCCCUUUCCACGAGCGGCUCUUCCGCUUCUUGCUACGAAAGCUGUAUGUCUUCCGCCGCAGCUUCCUGAUGACUCGUAUUUCACUUCGAAAUCUGCUACUGGGCCGUCCUUCCCUAGAGCAGCUAGCCCAAGAAGUGACCUAUGCAAACUUGCGACCAUUUGAGCCAGAUGGGGAGCUGAGUACUUCAAACACAGACUCUUCAAAUUCUAAUCCUCCUGAGCCAGAUUCUGAACAUGUCCACUCUGAGUUGUGAACGGAGUCCAGAUAUUCUGUGCAGAAAUGGAGGCCUUCAAUCACAGGCUCACUAUGCACAUUAUUUUUAAUUUUUAAUUUUUGGUCUUUUUGAGACGGUCUCCCUGUAGCCCCAGCUGUCCUGGAACUCACUAUGUAGACCAGGCUGGCCUUGAACUCAACAGAGAUCCGCCUGCCUCUGCCUCCUGAGUGCUGGGACUAAAGGCAUGUGCCACCACGCCCGGCCAUUUUUUUUAAAACUUAAUCUUGGUCUUGAGAUAAGGUUUUCCUGAAGGCACAAGUGGCCUGGGAACUGGCUGCGUAGACCAGGCUGGCCUCUCGAGUGCUGGGAUUAAAGGCAUGCACUGCCACACAUGGCUCAUCACUAGCGAUUUUGAAUCAGAAUAGCACUACUAAGUUAGUAAGUACCUGCUCCCUGAAUACUUAUUCAGUACCUUUAGUAAGUACCUGCUCCCUGAAUAAUGGCGUCACUCUUCUUUGACUAAGUCAUGGGCUCGAUUCUUACCUUUUCCUUAAUCAAGUCUAUCUCCUCCAUAUUCAGCCUAUUUCCAUCUCUACUACCUAUUCCUUCAGCCUUCAUGCUAGACUCUAGUAGGGCUAGACCAAGGGAGGGCCAUUUUUUAGUUGUAUAGGUUGGGCCUAAGAAUGGUGAACAGAAAAAUCACUCUAAUUCAUACACGGCAUUGUAUAUAGGCUACUGGUGGCCAUGGCACAGGUCUCUGGUCACUCUAACAGGGAAAACACUCGUUUACAUUCCUCUUGUAGAUCUUCUUACAGUAACACUACACUAUGAAAUAUAUAUACGUUGGCACUAUGUCCUUUUUAAGUUGUUCUCCUUGUUCCCCUAACCCUGUUUCCUUGAUUGGCGAGGUCUUUCGAGUUGGGAAGGAUGUCUUACAAACUGUGUAGUGCUGGAGAUCGAAGCCAAGCCUCGUGCACGGAGGCUGCUUCCAUGUUGACUCCUUCCCCAAAAUGUUGAGGUGAAGAAGGCAAAGAUGUAUUAAUUACUGGUUAGGAAGAGCUGUUCUGGACCUCAAUUGAGGACUUGCCUAGCAUGCAGCAAGACCUGCGUUCAAUCCCCUGCACCAUAUGAGACACAAUGGUGCACAACUGUAGUUCAUCGUCUGGGAGAUUGGGGGAAGAGGGGCGCCGUUCAAUAAAGAGCAAUGUUAAUAUUGGCAGAGGAAGUGGGGCCUGCAAGUACAGCUGUUGUGGAAAUAGGCUGCCAAAUGUCUUUCAGCCAAGAGGCGUUAGUAUUAAUCUUACCUCCUCAGUACAGGGUUGUUAUUGUCACCUAUUAAACCCUUAGAAAAAGAA